CUCGAUGACACGUGCGGUGAGGAGUGCAGAAGGGGGAGGGGCAGGAACAUCUCUCUUCGCUGGAGCAAGGUUGGGAGGACCAGGAUGUCUUAGUGGAAUCUCAGUGGGAGGGGGCAUCAAGGUGCGCAAUUCAGCAGAGGCAUGGCUAGUUGAGGCAGAACGGACGUUGAAUGCCAUGGCAAAACGCUCUGCGCAGGCAAGUUUGCCUCCUGGGGACUGGAAAUUUCUCAUCUGGAAAUUGCCUGGAACGGAGGGUUUUUGAUAAUCGACGUCAAGUUGACCACCUGUGAGGACCCGAAUCUUGGAAGACAUGUCGAGGAGCUGGAAAUUGGCGCCCAAUCUGCCAGACGAUGCAAGGAUAUAACCCUAUUCACCUCGUUGCACAUGGGAUCGUCCGACAGACCGCACAUGGCUGGAUCAAUACAGCUCCUUGCAAUGAGGCUUGCUUUAAUACUUGCUGGACAAGAAGAAGCACGCAGGUGAUGUAAGCAUUGGUGGCUAGUUGCAGCGACAGCAACAAAUUGAAAAGAGAAUCAAUGUAAAAGUACCACGAUAUAUAUAUUUCAGUUUGCAGAACACCAAGAAAGUGCGGAAUAUGAUCAAAAAGCGAACGAAAACAGACAGCGCAAAAGAAAAGUAGAUCGAAAAUGUCAGUUGGAGUGAGGCAGAUCAAGCCACGAGAGAGACUAGCUUGUCGCUA